UUGCUACAGUUCGUAUAGUGUACCGCUCUCCAUCGCCGUAGUGCUCUCACCGGUGCCUCUCGGAUCAGUCAGAUCUCGAGCGAGGAGGGUAAACUCCGACGAUGUCGUGAUGCCGUGAGAGGAGACGCACGCGAGAGUCACGCGUACAUUACGUGACCACCAGGGAGGACCGGGGCGGUGGUGGUGCGUUCUGAUCCCACGCGAUCAUCCCGCUGAGGGGGCGAGAUGACGUCUCGACGGAGCGCCGCGCGACCUCGUCGCUCGUCGCGGAUCGCCGCUUCUCGCGCGUAAACCCAAAUUCCACUCGUGAAAUUCCCGCCCGACCCGACCGCCCGCGACGUCGAUAUCGGAUCUCGUCCGAGAUCGUCCCCCUAGGCACCAAAUUUUCACCCUGUGGGACCCUGUCUCCGUCAAACGACGAGAUAGAGUAAAGAUACGCGACGGUCGCCCGACUUGGGAAACUCUAGUUUGUACAUAGCUAAAACUCGUCCCGCGAGACAGCUUCCGCCAGGGAGAAACUUCCUAAUGCGCUAAUUCAGAGAGAGAGAGAGUUGCGAGAUUGGAAUUUAAACUCUUACGAGAGAAGAGAAAUCGUCAUUAACCCUGGCGCGAAUCGAAGGAUGCACGUGAUCCUAUUUAACGCUACAUCCAAUUAGAAUAUGUCGCGCAAGUCUUUAAAAAGCAAACGAGGGGAAAAGGUCGAGUACGCUGCAGCGACUACACCGCUCCGGUGGCGGCCGAGAGAUGACUAUACCGGUGGCGAGAGAGAGAGAACGAUAAGCCUAUUAUCAGCCAGCUUUAAGUGAAGCGGGAUUGAUCGUGUAAAAAUAACCGGCGCGCGGCACAAAAAAAAGAGGAUCACGUGGCGGGAAUGCGCGCGAGGUGCACUUUGCGGCGACGAUUAUAUCAGUGCGCGGUACGCGAUCGUCAAGAAGACCGUCCGUGAAACCCCGUGGGUGACUUCCGGUCCGGGAAGGGGGUUCCGCGUGAGCCGCGUGCCUCGCUCGCCGCUCCGGAAAUGCUCGCGGGGAUCGUCUUAUUGUUAGUGUCGGGUGAUGACGAUUGGCGAGCGAAUUGUCCGUAACAAGAUUAGAUGAUGACGGAUUCCCCGACACCAUCGACCAGCAGACAUCACGACGACAAAUGCGACAAGCCCGAGAGAUCUGAUAAAACGGUGUUACUGCAAAUCCAGGACAUAAAUAGUCAGGUAGCGCAGUUCCGAGAUUUACUUAUUAAUAUCGGACAGCCGCGCGACUGCCCGGAGCUGCGCGAAAAAAUACGGAAGUUGCGUCGCAACUGCGUGGAGGCUUGCAAGAGUACAUCUCAACUUGUCCUGCCGCAUGUGCAAAGUGCUAUGGACGUCGGAAUACCGGUUGACAGUCCAAAUCUGGUGCUGUUGUUUUACGUGGCUCAACUCUUCUUACGCGAACUGCACAAGAGCAAAAACCUUAUAUCCAUCAUACCCAUGGACAUGUCCGGAUAUUACGAGAACCGCGCCGGUCCCUCGUAUAUCGGCAAUGUGGUCUCGCAGAUCCUCCUGUGCAAACAGAUUAGACCGGACUUCAACGAAGAGGAGCUCUGCAGCAUCCGAAAGGACUCGGAAGAGAUCGGCCAGCUGAUAGCGGAGCUACAAGAAUUUAUGCCCCAAUCUGAGGCUGACACGGAGAAACCGGUGGCUCUUCACAAUCCUGGGAACAAAAUCAAUCGGAACAACGGAACACGGAGGAUGCACCGAUGGAGCAGCAACAGAGACCGACAAUCGUCCUACUUCCGCAACGGUUUCAGAUUUCUGUGCUGCGCCGCGAGUACUAAUUACGUUUAACGUACAUAUAAUUCAUCUCGAUUCAUUAAAACGUAAUAUAGUUCCGAUUAAUUUAAUAAUGAAUAAUUAAUACGCACUGAUAUUUUCGCAGUGAUUUCAACGCUAAAUUCCCUAAAAUAAAGUUAACUGGAAUCGACGGAGCUUCGGCUUCGUAAACUAAUCACGAUGAAAAGUCCCGUUUAUAAAGUAUCCUAAGAAAGGCGUAACAAAUAUUAUAGUUUGGCGAUUUAUCUUCAAAGGAAUGUGCUCAAAGUUGCUUCGCUUUCGAUGAAGCUUUAAUAUCGCGCGUUCAUUUAUCGUAAUUUCUCAACCAGUGUCUGCAUCAUUAAUAUACGUCUCUCUUGGGAUACUUUCUAUGAAAGACUAUACGAACAAAGAACGUCGCAACGAUACACUUCGUCGGAUGAUACACUUCGAAAGGCCUAACCGAAAGGCCUAAACCUGUCCCAUUCGAGAGAUAUCCUUGGAACAAAUUUUUAACGCACGUACAGCCGGUGACAAUCAAAGUAGAAGCUCGAGACGUCAAUAAUUAUUACAAAUCACAUCGCAAUAGAUACGGGUAAACAGAUAACGGGAACGAAUGAGGCAAAAAGGGGGAAUUUCAGCACCUUUUUCGUCUUUCAGCAAGAAUUCUAGUGGCACUCGAUAUUGCUCCCAUUUUUUUUUUUGGACGUUCUUCUGUAGUCUUCUCUCCUAAGAACUCGCUGUCCCAUUAAAUUUCCAAGUCGCGGACAAAAGAGCCGCCGGUGUCGAGGAGCCCCUUUAUUCAAGUCCACUUCACAAUCAUUUCAUCAAUCCCGCUAUAAUUGCUCGGAUGGUCUAACUCAAAUUUUUCCAAAAUCGUAUCUCUUAUGGUAAUCAAUUUUCUCGGUUCGUCGCGUUUAGAUCUAUCGUUUGUAUCAAAUUUAAUCGGAGAUCUUCAAUAACAAGGUAAAUCUAAUAAUAAUCGCUCUCGUAAUCAAAACUAGCUUGUAAUCUUUCGAUUCCGGGUCUUUAAAUCCUAGAAUCUAGACGAACGCAUUCGAAUAUAUUGUCGAAUAUAUUAUCAGAGUAAAUCGCGUCUGUGUCGUGUCAAAACGAGUAGAUGUACGUUAUGGAGCAAUUAUAAUAUCUUAGCGUAUUUACAAGUGAGUGGACCAACCUCGAUCUAUUUAUAAUGCGCGACGGACGCACACGCAUUAUAGCUCUAGGUAUCCGCGUUUCGCAUCUCCGCGUUAUAUAUAUAUGUAUAUAGAGAUCGUCUACAAAGCAAUACGUAGAAGUUCACACAGAAAAGCGUUGCGCAAACAUAUAAAUACAUAUGUAUAUGUAUAUAUAUAUAUAUA